UGGGUCCCAAGCGGAGUGUCGAGCUGAGCUGACAGAACGGUAGCAUUCUUCAACAGUAUGUGUGCAGUUCAGGUUAGGCUUUCAUACGUUUAUUUACCAUUCCAUAGAUAGACUGCCUGCAAGCGGACCAGCGCAUUUAAAGAGAGACCCGUCUACCUUGUGUGAAUUUGAUUGACAGUCAGCACAGGCUCAAGCAAGGGAACUUUAAACUAUUUCUCGCAGCUUUUCGGAAUAAACACACCGACAGCUAAAUGGUCAAAAUGGGUAAAGACUACUAUAAUGUCCUGGGCAUACAGAAAGGGGCGACGGAGGACGAGAUCAAGAAGGCUUAUCGUAAGCAGGCUCUGCGUUACCACCCGGAUAAAAACAAGGCUCCUAAAGCCGAGGAUAAGUUUAAAGAAAUAGCUGAAGCUUAUGACGUUCUGAGCGACCCAAAGAAAAAGGACAUUUACGACCGAUUCGGUGAAGAAGGGUUGAAGGGAGGAGGCCCCCCAGGAGGAGGGGGUGUUCCCGGGGGCCCUAGUUUCAGCUACUCCUUCCAGGGUGACCCCCACGCCAUCUUCGCCGAGUUCUUCGGGGGCCGGAGCCCCUUCGACCAGUUCUUCCCCCGAAACGGCGGGGGCCCAGACGGGGACAACAUGGACACUGACGAUCCCUUCGCCCGUUUCGGGAUGGGGGGCGGUGGCAUGGGGGGGUUUCCCCGUUCCUUCAGCACAGGGAUGGGGGGAGGGGGGAUGGGGGGGCAGAUGGUUGAGAAGCACCAGGACCCACCCCUGCUCCACGACCUCAGGGUGACCUUAGAGGAGGUUCUCUCAGGCUGCACGAAGAGAAUGAAGAUAUCCCACAAGCGGCUGAACGCAGACCGACGGACCAUCCGGACGGAGGACAAGAUCCUGGAGGUGGAGAUAAAGAAGGGAUGGAAGGAGGGGACGAAGGUCACCUUCCCUAAAGAGGGGGACGAGACGCCGACUAACAUCCCGGCAGACGUGGUGUUUGUGGUCAAGGAUAAGCCACACCCGGUGUUCCGGCGAGACGGCUCUGACAUCGUUUACCCCGCCAAGGUCUCCCUCAGAGAGGCGCUGUGCGGCUGCACGGUCAUCGCCCCCACGUUGGACGGCAGGACAGUAACCGUGACGACAGGGGACGUGGUGCGUCCGGGGAUGAAACGACGCAUCACGGGGGAGGGGCUUCCUCUGCCCAAGCGGCCCGAUCGCCGCGGUGACCUGCUGGUGGAGUACGAGGUGGCGUUUCCGGAGAGACUGAGUCAGAGUGCCAAGGAGACCAUCGCACAGGUGCUUCCACCCUAGUCCUGAUCGCUAUGAACUAUGAACUUGUUAAGGACAAACCGGACGGAGCCGACGAACAGUGAAAAGCAACAGGUGGCUGUCCUCCCUAUCGCCUCUGACCAAAGAACGUUUACCGCUGCCAUUUUCUGUUCAUUUCCAGACCAUUCUGCGUGUUGAAUCACCAUCGUUCGUCGACACCCAUCAGGUGACCUACUGCGCACGGCCAACGUUCGUUAUGGUGUCUCUUGUCCUUUAGUUGAGAACUGCCACUUUGGACCUCGUGAGUCCACUUCAGAACCACUAGUGAGCUGAGGAAAAACCUGCAACCCAUAUUCAAAAAGCAUCUUAGAGUAGGCAUACUGAUCUAGGAUCAGUGUAGCCUUUUAGAUAAUAAUACAUGUGACUACAUGGACAGGGGGGCACCUGAUCCCAGAUCAGCACUCCUGCACUGUAGAACCAGAGAACAUCAUAUACAUGUUGUUUAGCUUCCUUUUAGUAUGAGCCUCUUUUUAUCUCUACUUCCCCACUGGUGAAUGUUUCCAUGUACAGACUAGAGCCAUUGGCUUGUUAGCAGUGGUUUCCAAACCUCUUCUCUGGGACCCUCAGACAUUUAACACAACGUUGUAGCCCUGGACUAGCUCACCUGAUUCACCUAGUCAAGGGCUUGAUGAUUGGUUGAUAUGAGAGAGAGAUGUGAGAAUGAAUGGAUUCUAUUUGACUCCCUCUCCAAGACAUUUACUGCCAGAGAGACUGGAUUAAGAGAUCACCUGAUUCACCUAGUCAAGGGCUUGAUGAUUUGUUGAUAUGAGAGAGAGAGAGAUGUGAGAAUGAAUGGGUUCUAUUAGACUCCCUCUCCAAGACAUUUACUGCCAGAGAGACUGUUGGAGUAAGAGAUCACCUGAUUCACCUAGUCAAGGGCUUGAUGAUUGGUUGAUAUGAGAGAGAGAUGUGAGAAUGAAUGGAUUCUAUUUGACUCCCUCUCCAAGACAUUUACUGCCAGAGAGACUGGAUUAAGAGAUCACCUGAUUCACCUAGUCAAGGGCUUGAUGAUUGGUUGACUAAUGUAAUCAGAUGUUCUGGCUCUUGAGUAGAUGAAAUCCAUUCGUCUGUGGGUCCCCCAGGAGAGGUCUGAGAACUCCUGUUUUGGGGGAUUAGAUUGUAUCUCUUGGUGGCGUUUCUUUGUAGAUGACGUCUCUUCAUGUAACGAUUCUAGGGGUUUAGGUAUCAUGGGUGGUUUUCAUGGCUCUGGAUUCUGAUCAAAUCAAUAGAAAGUAUUGCCACUGAUCACUGAUCAAUACCCAUAGUCUGAUAAUACCCAUAGUCAUUGGUUUAGAAGAGAAACAAUGCUAUUUGAAUGCAUAGAAAUAUAAUCUAUAGACCCGACCUUCCCAUUCAAGUCAAUGCUGAUUCUAUUUCUAUGCUUGAAAGGUCUUUACUUUUCCAGGAUGCCUACAAUAACGGGGUGGAGGGAAGUGUGAGUGAGAGGUGUGUGUUUCAGCUAGCGUGUAUGAGUUAGCUGACUAGGUGAACUUUUUGUACAGAAACGGUUGGAAUGUGUGACUUGCUGUAGGAUCUGGGCUUUGUAUGGUGCAACUGUUGGAUUGUGUACUAUCAUGAGAUAGGAUGUUAGCACAGUAACCAUGGGAGAUAUAGGCUUUCAUGUUAUACCCAUAGCACUCCUCUUUACUCAAUAUUAUACACAACAUGUAUUGUUGCUACCUGUUGUUGAUGCAGCAAGUGAGAACUGUCCAGAAACUGAUAUAAAGCUAUGUUUAUCGAGCAAAGAAUAUCAACUUUUGCUUUGUAAUGAUCUAUGCAUUUAAAUGAAAGAUCCCUCACCUCAAUAUAGAGGCCGUUAUUUCUCCUUCACAACAGGAACUAGUUUUUAUAUUUAAAUCAUGUCAUUCAGAUUUAAGGAAUACCUUUAAGAAAACGUUAACCCUGGACAGAAUCUUCUAAAACUGCAACCAGACUUAGGAUUUCUUAGUUUACUAAACAUUUGCCACGUAUGUGUUAUAUUUCUGAACAGUUUUCUAUACACAGAAUGUAUUUUCUACAUGACUUUCAUAAGUAAAUAAAGUCUGUUUUCUUCUA